AUGCGCGAAGCGCUCCAUACAAACGCGCACCGCCUCAAGGCGGUUGAUGCGGCCUGUGAAAGCGGUGUCUCGACGAGCUUGGCAUCCGAAAAUAAGUGCCACCGCUCUACGCUGCUUUUGGACUGGGUUCGUGACAUGCGCAAGAACAAGGUGCGCGCUGUCACGUCGAGGUGCCUGCUCAUGAUGAGCGCACAUUUAGAGCCACGCUUUCUUCUCGGUCGCUCGGAACAAGCUGCUGUUGAGUACCUCCGCCGUUUCCGCAGCAGAAAUGGCUUGAGCGUGCGUCGUAUCACGCACAAGGGUCGACGCAAGCGGAGCGAAGUGGAGUGUUUUCUGUGCACAUCGGCCACUGGAAAGAAGCUGCCAGCGUUUAUUGUGUUCUCUGGUGCCACAGGAGGCCCUGUUCACUGCGAGCUGCAAGCUCAUCCGCUGCAUAAAGCAGAUGAGGUGUGGACUCCGUCGGUCACCUUUUGCCGCAUGCUCUUGCUAGACAGCCUAAAAGUUUACAAAAUGGGCUCCGUUCGCGCCAAGCUUGAGGAAGCUAUGACGGGUGUAGACUUUGUGCCAGCAGGAGCGACAGGACUUGCCCAGCCGAUGGAUGUUAAAUCGAAAUUCCGGGAGCUUACCGAGAUUGAACAGCGUAUCAAAUUGAGAGUGAAGGCAAAAGAAAUGACAGCGGAGCUAGACACCACUUCGGAGCGUCAAUCAGCUUCAAGCGACCAGCCCAUCGGAAUUGCAGAUACCAAGUACAGUAGCGCGAUGAAAGCCGUCUCGGAGCUUUUCGGCAUCAAGGACGACGUGGCCGCCACUGCAGCAGUCGCAGUGGCUGUAAGUUUGGGACUGACGUUGCUACUGCGCAACACGAAGAAGAGCAAGGACACCGAGGCUCGCAAGCUGCCGCCCAUGCCGAAGACUACUCUGCCCAUUCUCAAGAACAUCCUGGACGUCGGUGGCCAUGCCGAGCGCUUCCACGACUGGCUGAACGAACAAUCCCUCGAGUUCGACAACCGCCCGUGGAUGUUCUCGAUCCCUGGCCGUCCAGCCACAAUUGUGCUCUCCUCGCCUGAAAUGUUCGAGGACGUGCUGGUGACUCAAGACGACGUCUUCCUUCGUGGUCCUGUGGGUCAGUACAUCAGCUACGACAUCUUCGGCAACGGGAUGGUCAUCUCCGACGGUGAUCCGUGGUACUACCACCGUAAGACAGCCAGCCACUUGUUCUCCAUGCAGAUGAUGCGAGACGUCAUGGAAACCACUGUAUGUGAGAAAUUGAGCGUCUUCUUGGACGUCUUGAGUCUCUACUCGAAGCGUGGUCAGGUGUUCAGUAUCAAGGAAGAGCUGAGUCACUUCACCAUGGAUGCGAUCGCCAAAAUUGGCUUUGGAAUCGAGAUGGAUACACUCAAGAACAGUCCAAACCGCGACGAGGACCACGAAUUCCUCCAGGCUUUCAACGAAGGAUCCGUGGCUUUCGGUGUGCGUAUCCAGUCGCCACUUUGGCUCUGGGAGCUCAAAAAGUACUUGAACAUUGGAUGGGAGAAGAUCCUCAUGGACAACACCAAGAUCAUGCACGAUUUCAUCAGUAAAGUGAUUGUGGAUUCGAUGAACAAGAAGGCGGAGCUGGCAGCUAAGGGCGAGACGAUGGAAGCCAGAGAUCUCAUCACUCUGUUCAUGGAGAAGAGACUAAAGCAAACCGAAGACAUGCACAUCAAGGAUGAUGACGCGACUAUUAUGCGAGACAUGGUCAUGACCUUCGUCUUUGCUGGGAAGGACUCGACGGCUCACAGUAUGGGCUGGUUCAUCGUCAACAUGAAUCGGUACCCAGAAGUGUUGCGCCAGAUCCGCGAAGAAAUGAAGGAAAAGCUGCCAGGUUUGCUCACUGGGGAGAUCAAGGUCCCUACACAGGAACAGAUACGCGAUCUGGUGUACUUGGAGGCUGUUGUGAAGGAAAACAUCCGUCUCCACCCAUCCACGGGUUUUAUCGUGCGUGAAGCCAUGCAGGAUACGACUCUGGUCGAUGGGACUUUUGUCCAGAAGGGACAAACUGUCAUGGCCUCGUCCUACUGCAACGCUCGCAACAAGAAGACGUGGGGUGAAGACACACUGGAGUUAAAGCCGGAGCGGAUGAUCGACUCGGAGACGGGUAAGCUGCGCGUGUACUCGCCGUACGUGUUCAGCGGCUUUGGCUCGGGUCAGCACGUGUGUAUUGGUCAGAAGUUUGCGAUGAUGGAGAUCAAGUUGGCCAUGGCUACACUUUUCAGUAAGUUCGACAUCAAGACAGUCGAGGAUCCGUGGAAGCUCACGUAUGAAUUCUCGCUCACUAUCCCGGUCAAGGGGCCGCUGGAGGUUGAAGUCACACCUCUGACCCCGUUGAUGCCCGCGGCUUCGUCAUAA